AUGAGACCGGAUGAAAAUCUUGUUGGCUCAUCCGGAGCGACGACGCCGAAUGGCGAUACGAGUUCCGGGUCGCCUUCAGGACGGAGCCCUGCCGUCAUUUCAGCCCCGGACUUGACCCACCUCACGAGCGGAGACAACGUUUCCGGCCCGCUAGAGUCGGACGUGGCAAUCAACAUGGCUCACAUGAAGUUGUUGAUACACUUCUCUCUCCGUAUGGCCAUCCCAGAACUUGAUGAGCAUCUCAUUGAGCUGGGCACGCGCUUAACCGUGAAGACUGGCGCUGAGGUGCCAUAUCUUCUCCACGAAGCGCUCUCGUUAUCUGCACGCCAUCUUUCAAUGACAGCAUCGGAAAAAAGUUCCGAAUACCUCAAUCUCGCUGUACAGUUACAGAACCGCGCUAUAAUGCUGUUUAACUCCGAAAAGGUUCGCGUUGACGAAACGACAUGCGUCCCAAUGAUACUCUUCUCCUCCAUCCUUGGCCGCCACCUUUGCAUGGACGCUCUCGCAUUUCGAAGUCCAGACUUGGGUCCGUUCUUGGACUGCUACGUCAACUUUGUUCGGGUCCACAGAGGGGUCAAAGUCAUAGUCAACCGAGGCUGGCCAUUACUCAAAGAUUCAGAGCUCUGCCCCUUAGUUGCUUGGGGGAUGGGGCUUGGUCGCUUGAGAAGUCGAGGACACGACUGCGACGAUAUCCUUAGGCUCUUGAAUUCCUACGAGGAUAUAUCUCCUGAGUGUUUGGAAGCAUGUCACAGAGCUAUUGAGUUCGUCCAGAUUGCCGUGGACGAUUUGCAAGUUCGGAUGUUUACUCGAGGUAAACACCUGUACCAAAUUGUGUUUUCGUGGUCUUUAUUGGUUCCAGAGGCGUUCUCUGAGAUGCUGGUACAACGGAAACCCGUGGCGAUCGCUAUUUUGGCACACUAUGCUGCUCUUCUGCAUUUGGCUAGAGACCUAUGGCAGAUUGGCGAUUCAGGCGCCUACCUCCUAAACGUCAUUUCGAAAUAUCUAGGGUCAGAAUGGGACGAAUGGCUGGCGUGGCCCCGAAGCAUUGUUCUCUCGGAAGAUAUGGAAGUUGAAAUUCCGUUAAGACCAUCGAUCCCAGUAUGA